AUGAAUUAUAAACAAGUCAUUUAUUGGGAAAAAUAAGGUUAUGAUUAAUUAUGUGGUGUACAUUGCAUCAAUUCUCUUUUAUAAGGACCUUAUUUUAACGAGGUUGAAUUAGCUACAAUAGCAUAAGAAUUAGAUAGAUAAGAAAUUGAAUUAUUAGGUUAAACAGGUCAUCGUUAUAAAUCUUAAAAUGUUGCUGAAGAUGGCAACUUUUCAAUUCAAGUUUUGGCAGAAGCUUUAAAAAAAUUAGGUGAUAUCUUUAUUGAAUCUGUAGAUUCAAAAAUCAAUCAAAAUUAAGACUUGAGGUAAAUUAUUUCUUUUUAAAUAAUUAAGUCAAGAAACAGGAUUUAUUUGUAAUUCCUCAGCUCAUUGGUUUUCUAUUAGAAAAAUUGAAAAUGUUUGGUACAAUUUAAAUUCAACUAACAAACGAGGACCAGAAAUAAUCAGUGACUUUUAUCUAUCAGCUUUUCUUUUAUCAGUCAAAGAAAAUGGAUAUUAAAUCUUUGUUGUUAAAGGAGUUUAUCCACCUCCAUAAUUAGAUGUUAUUAUUAUCAUAUAUUUUCUUUAUAGAAUGUCUAUUAAAAUGAUCGUUAAAAAGUUCUUACUGCAUAACUAAUUAAAUAAAUUCAUGAUAGAAGAGUUAAAAAGAAAAAUUAUAAAUUGAACAUUGGUGGUUCUGAUGAAGUUGAAAUGGAAAAAGCAUUAAAAGCAAGUAAAGGAGAAAAAUAUGUAUUUUUAUACAAUUUAUUAUUUUAGGAAUCAACAGAUGAAGAAUUUGAAGAAGAAAAUUAAGAAGAAUAACCUAUAAAAAAGGAUUCUGCUCCAAUAUUUUAAGGAAAAGGUAUACAAUUUGAAAUUUAAUAAUCAAUUGUUAAUUAUUAGAAUUUUAAUAUUGAUCCUCUAGAUGCAGAAUAUAGAUCAAUUAUUCUCAUGACACUUGAAUAAGUAAACUAAUAAUUUAUCAAUUGUUUAGAAAUUUAGUAUGCAAUUAGAAGAAGGUUUAACUAUUCUAUUUUAAUUGCCAGAUGGAAAGAAUAAAUAAUACACAUUUAGUUAUGAUGCAAGUGUUGAAGUAAUUAGAAUUUCCAUAUAUCAAGGAUCUUUAUGAUUUUAUUUUCUAUGAAAGUAGUUAAUCACCUAUGAGAUUCACUUUGGUUUGUCCAAUCCAAAAGUUACAACUGUUAGAUGUUUCAUAAUAGCUUUUAGAUUUAGGCAUAGAUACAAUGACCUAAAUUAUUGUAAAGAAGGAAUGA